CCGAUCGUCAUUUCCUGCGGCACGCCGGAAGACGACUUCCAAGUCUCGCGGUAACCAGAAGCGCGCCGCGGUGCGCGCUGGGGUUUGUAGUUUCCUCUUGCGCAAGACUUCGCCCUUGGUCACCGACCGCAACUGUAACUGUCCCUGGCAUCAUGUCUGUGAUGGCAGCGUCAGUGUCCGCGGGUAGCGGGCCUGCUCGUCAGUCGCAGACCUGAUUUUCAGAGUAAUUAGUUGUUGGGGAAGACACCUACCGUCUUCUCAUUGCUAAGGCGCCCCAACCUACGACGCAGUGUACCUACUCUCUUUGGGACCACCCCGGGGGUGUGGAUGUGGGGGGCGGGGAGCGGGUGUGGCCGCCAUGUUGGUGAAGGCGACCGUCCGCGGCAGGCGCUCCAGCACGUUGGCUCUGCGGGCCUAAACCCGCCAUAUUAAUAAAGAGAAAGGGGAGUGGGCCCUCCCUCCCCUCCCUGCGCAGUACACGCCCCCUCUCUCAGUCCCGCUCUGCACCGAGCUGGCUGCGCCUGGCCGCCUGCCUCGUUUGUCUAGCGUUUGGACAGAGGCUUAGCUGGCAGAGCCUCAGAACUGGCUUAAGGUAGCGCCGGAUGAGGGGCCGGGGGAAAUGCCGACCAAUUGCGCCGCGGCGGGCUGUGCUGCUACCUACAACAAGCACAUUAACAUCAGCUUCCACAGGUUUCCUUUGGAUCCUAAAAGAAGAAAAGAAUGGGUUCGCCUGGUUAGGCGCAAAAAUUUUGUGCCAGGAAAACACACUUUUCUUUGUUCAAAGCACUUUGAAGCCUCUUGUUUUGACCUAACAGGACAAACUCGACGACUUAAAAUGGAUGCUGUUCCAACCAUUUUUGAUUUUUGUACCCAUAUAAAGUCUAUGAAACUCAAGUCAAGGAAUCUUUUGAAGAAAAACGAGAGUUUUACUCCAACUGGACCGUGUAAUUUAAAGCUGAACAAUAGUCAGCAAGUACUGCUUGAACACAGUUAUGCCUUUAGGAACCCUAUGGAGGCGAAAAAGAGGAUAAUUAAGCUAGAAAAAGAAAUAGCAAGCUUAAGAAGAAAAAUGAAAACUUGCCUGCAAAGAGAACGCAGAGCAACUCGAAGAUGGAUCAAAACCACAUACUUUGUGAAGAACUUAGAAGCAAGUAACAUGCUACCUAAGGGCAUCUCAGAACACAUUUUACCAACCACCUUAAGCAGUCUUCCUUUGGAAGAUUUAAAAAUUUUUGAACAGGAUCAACAAGAUAAAGCAUUACCAGUUCUCUAAGUCUAAAAUGGAUGAGAAUAUCUGCAUUAAGUUUUCCUUACACAGAACAUGAUACCCAUCUUUCAUUCUUAUCAUCAUUGAAGAUACUUCUGGCAAUUAUACUAAAAUCAAGGACUUAAGUUUUACCUGAAAUAACAGUAUCACUAUAUAUCUUAUGGAGACUUGAGAAAGUGGAAGAAUUCAAUGACAAGUUUGAGAAUGAGUAAAAGUGCCUUAUAAGGAUUAUAUACUUAGACAUCUUACAAAACAGCAUUCGCAGGGUGUUUCUGGUUUUGUUUUUUGUUUUAUUUUUAAGCUGCUGUCAGGAAUGACAAAUGAUAUGUUUAUAUAAGAAAAAACAUUCUGCACCAAAGUUGAAAUAUUACAUUCUAAAGAACAUGUGAAGUGAGAGCUAAAUCAUUAAAUAUGUGCUUAAAACUACUAGGUUUUGUAUUAAUUAAAUUAUUGGGAUUAUGGCUGAAAUUUUAUAAAAUAAAAUCUUUGGGGUCUUAGGGCAAGUUUUUUUUUUUCUCUUUUUUAGCUUUUUGUAUUUCUUUUAACCAGUCAAAGUUUGCUUAUCAUGACCUUCCUUAUAAGAACAAUGGAUUUAAAAGUAGGUUGUAAAAUAAUUCUAACACAAUAAUUUGAAAGUGAAAUGCCUUUGAGACUCCACACUAGCUAAGGCCUCAAGUACCUCAGACCAGGAAAACCUGGUGAGUUAUAUAGAACUUUUAAGAAAAUAAUGCAGAUUUCGGGGUCUAGCUUUUAUCUUAACACAAUAAAUAGACAAAUGUAUAAUAUUCUUUUUCUUAUAAUAAAAAUACUGAAUUUCCAUCUUGAUAACUGAUACAAUUAAUAGACACAUUCUACCUGAACCUAUUUGUUCCUUGUGUUGAUAGCAAAACUUGUAAGCUGUUUUCUUUUUUAGCUACUUCCUAAUUGCCUUUUCUAUGUCAAAAAUAGCUUUCGCCCUCACCCAUCACUUAAUAAAUCACAGUAUAAUUUAGUCACAGGAAAUUGCUUAACUAUGUUGUGUUAAGUUAAAACAGAGUCAAUUUAUAUCACUCAUCAGCUUUCUUUCUGUUUUUUAGAAAAUGGAAACAACCUUAAAUGAUAAUGGAAAUAAAAUACAGUUCUCUAAAGUAAUGUGCUUCUCUAUAAUAAAGCUAUGCAAAUACUGAUGUUUAUAAAAUGCAAGUAUGAAGAUUGCUCUCCUGGCACCACUUGCACCUUAGAAAGGCUUGCCUUGUGUCAAUAAAUGUAACAAAUAAAUAAGAGCCCUUCCUUCAAAAUGUUUUGGCUGAGUAAUGUAAAGGUGUAUUCACUUAAGUAAAUUAUUUAGUUCUACUUCAGCUUUGUGAGAUUACCAUGUGAAAGUAACAUACCUAAUCUCAAAUAACUAUGUCUUUCCUACAAAGAAAUGGAAUUUUGGUUCUUUGCCAACCGUUGGGUUGUUUUUCUCUUUCUCCCCUAGUUAUCAGCGCUCUGUUUAGUAAGGACCAUAUUCCCUGCAAACAUAAUGGUAGGAAAUGUAUCUUUUAGUUUUCAUGUGACACUUGUAACAAGUAUGCUUUAAAUUUCUUUUGUAGAUGUGAUAAACCUUGUUAGCUAUUUUAAGUAUUAGAUUUGGUUCCUUGGAUUUGUCAUCCAUAUUUUUUCCUAAUAAUGUUUCAGGUAUCUUUAUAUCAUUUCAAAAAUCAGUGUAAAACACACUGUACCUACCUAGAAGCCUAAAAUAAGCUGGAUAAUUAAAUGUAAAUUUUCAUGUAGUUUACCAUGUACCCCAAAUACUAACCACUAGUUAAUGUGGUCUAGUUACUGCUACAUACAAUAUCUUGAUAUCUUAAUAUACUUUUGAACCACAAAUAUAUGACAUUAUAAAAUACAACACAUUUUGGAAAAGUUGCUUAGUCUUCAUUCAUUAGUACAUUAUACUUUGUUUUGUUUGUGUGCUGGGAGCUGGAUGCAGGGCUUCAAGCAUACAUAUACUACCACUGAACCAUAGCCCCAGUCUUUUUCAUUCACUGUUUUUGACACUGUUGAAUAAACAAUCCUCAGCAACUAAUUUUCUGUGUAUUUUCUUCAUGUUGUUUUCCUGAUAACAUGUUACAAACUCUUUCUAUAUGAAUUUAUUUAUAAUACAUCUGUCUGUCUUUAAAUGGCUUCAUUUCUGAACAUGGUCACACACAUCUGUAAUGUUAGCCAUGAGGAAAAAGAAAGUGAAGGUAGGAAAAAUGUGAGUUCCAGGCCAGGCUUUUAAAAACACACAAGGAAUCUUAAAAUCCUGCUUUCAGUUUGCUGAUAAUUUUUUUUACUUAACUAUGUACCAUAAAACUAAUGGAAUGAUACCUAAGGAGGCAUGGGGACAAAAGUCUCUGAUGUCUGCACUUGGGAGAAAUGGCAGGAAGAUCAGAAACCAGAGCCAGCCUAGGCUAUUUGAGACCUUGUUUCAAAAAUCAAUAAACUAAUCAAAAUUAUAACAGCUUUUCCCUAGAUGUACUUCACAGAUCUUCUAUUUAACCACUGUGUCUACAGGCUACUAACCUUCACAAGGGAAAAACAAACAACAAAUACACAGCUGAAGGUUAGGAACUACAUAUGAAGAUGAAUGCUGGGCUGAGAUGUAGCUUAUGGUCAGCAUAAAUGAAGCCCUGGGUUCACAUUCUGAUGCCGGAAAGGGGGAAAUACGACAAUGUCUGCCCUUAAGUUGCUGCAAGCCUCCUGAAAGAAACCGUACUGAGAAAAUAAGUUUUAUGAAAGAAAUGGGUGUAAAAUGCUUUGUUUCACACUGUUGACUUGAAACUGGAGGAAUAACAGAAACUUAAGACCUUUUUACAACCAAGUGAGUUUCUUUAGAAGUAAAACAGAUUUCUUCUUAGAAUGAAUCAAAGGAGGGUAAAACACUAGAGUUUGGCCUGAGUUCAGUGUUAUUGGGUUGUAAGACAUUGUACCCUUAAAAAAAGCUGAACAAAAUUAUAACGUUAACCGCUGGGGGGGAAAAAAAACCACACAGCUAUAAGUAGAAUACUUAUAUUUGAAUACUGGAAUAUUUGAAACGUAGUAUUUGGAAAGUAACCCUAUUGAUAGGUUUCUGAAAUAUGUCACAAAACAGUUGUUUGUUUGUUUUUUUAAUUUUUAUUUUUUUAAUAUUAGUUGCAGUUUGGUAACUUUGUAUCCCAGCUGUAUCCCACUCCCUCUUUCCCUCCCAAUCCCACCUUCCCACCCUCAUCUCCUCCCCUUUCCAAGUCCACUGAUAAGGGAAAACUUCCUCCCCUUCCAUCUAAAACUGUUUUAUCAGGUGUCUUCAGUACUGGCUGCAAAGUCUUCUGUGGCCUAGCAAGGCUGCUUCUCCCCGAGGAGGGGCAGGGGAAAGGGGGCAAUCAAAGAACCCGCCAUACAAAACAGUUGUUAUCCAUUCUUUUUCUUUUCCCUUAGAAGCUGGAUCCACCCAAGACUGUAUCUUUGUUUACUUACUAAACAUUACUCUGUUCCAUUUGCAUAAGAAAUGGAGAUGCCUGUGGCCUGUGUAGUUCGAGAGUGACACGGUUUCUGCCUCCAAUUCCAUUCUGCCCUGGAGUUCUCAUCCUUUAAUAUAUUUAUUAAAAUAGGAAAAUCAUGUGUUUCAGAAAAGCAAAAGAUAUGCUUUAAAGGUAUUAAAUAUGUUUUAUGAGAUCCUUGUUGAUGACGUCUAGGUAGGUUUUGUUAUUUCUCAGUGUUAGAAUACGGGUAAAUUUUAAUUUUGAUAUAAUAGAGAAAAUAUUUAUAUCAGGACUGGGUUUUUUUUUAAUAUUUAGACAGUUGACUACUUCAUAAAGUUAAGGCUUUUGUAAUGUAUAUUAAACAAUAACAUUGUACUCAUAAAAUGUAUUUGAAAUUUGUAAAUAUUAAAAAAUUUUCCCAAGGA